AUGAACAACACAGGAGAGAAACCCUUCAGUUGCUCUGACUGCAAGGAAAGCUUCAGUCAGAAGUCAAACCUUGUUAUCCAUAAGAGGACCCACACAAGAAAGAAACCUUUCAGUUGCUCUGACUGUGGGAAAAACUUCAAUGGAAGUUCAGACUUUGUUGCCCAUAGGAGGAUCCACAUAAGAGAGAGACUUUUCAAUUGCUCUCACUGUGGGAAAAGCUUCAGGCAGAAGUCAAACCUUGUUAGACAUAGGAGGACCCACACAGUAGAGAAACCUUUCAAUGGCUCUGACUGUGGGGAAAACUUCCGUAGCAGCUCACACCUUGUUAGACAUAGGAUGAACCACACAGGAGAGAAGCCCUUCAGCUGCUCUGACUGCAGGAAAAGCUUCAGUAGCAGCUCAAAGUUUGUUGCCCAUAGGAGGAGCCACACAGGGGAGAAACCUUUCAAUUGCACUGACUGUGGGAAAAGCUUCAGUCAGAAGUCAAACCUUGUUAUCCAUAGGAGGACCCACACAGGAAAGAAACCUUUCAAUUGCUCUGACUGUGGGAAAAGCUUUAGUUUGAAGUCAAACCUUGUUACCCAUAAGAAGAUCCACACAAGAAAGAAACCUUUCAAUUGCUCUGACUGUGGGAAAAGCUUUAGUUUGAAGUCAAACCUUGUUACCCAUAAGAAGAUCCACACAAGAAAGAAACCUUUCAAUUGCUCUGACUGUGGGAAAAGCUUUAGUUUGAAGUCAAACCUUGUUACCCAUAAGAAGAUCCACACAAGAAAGAAACCUUUCAAUUGCUCUGACUGUGGGAAAAGCUUUAGUUUGAAGUCAAACCUUGUUACCCAUAAGAAGAUCCACACAAGAAAGAAACCUUUCAAUUGCUCUGACUGUGGGAAAAGCUUUAGUUUGAAGUCAAACCUUGUUACCCAUAAGAAGAUCCACACAAGAAAGAAACCUUUCAAUUGCUCUGACUGUGGGGAAAACUUCAGUAGCAGCUCACACCUUGUUAGACAUAGGAUGAACCACACAGAAGAGAAACCCUUCAGCUGCUCUGACUGCAAGAAAAGCUUCAGGCAGAAGUCAAACCUUGUUAACCAUAGGAGGAGCCACACAGAGAAACCUUUCAAUUGCACUGAUUGUGGGAAAAUCUUCAGUCAGAAGUCAGACUUUGUUAUCCAUAGGAGGACCCACACAGGAGAGAAACCUUUCAAUUGCUCUGACUGUGGGAAAAGCUUCAGUCGGAAGUCAAACCUUGUUACCCAUAAGAGGAUCCACACAAAGAAACGUUUCAAUUGCUCUGACUGUGGGGAAAACUUCAGUAGCAGCUCACACCUUGUUAGACAUAGGAUGAACCACACAGGAGAGAAACCCUUCAGCUGCUCUGUCUGCAAGAAAAGCUUCAAGCAGAAGUCAAACCUUGUUAACCAUAAGAGGACCCACACAGGAGAGAAACCUUUCAAUUGCUCUGACUGUGGGAAGAGCUUCAGUCAGAAGUCAAACCUUGUUACCCAUAGGAGGACCCACACAAGAAAGAAACCUUUCAAUUGCUCUGACUGUGGGAAAAACUUCAGUAGCAGCUCACUCCUUGUUAGACAUAGGACGAACCACACAGGAGAGAAACCCUUCAGUUGCUCUGACUGCAAGGAAAGCUUCAGUCAGAAGUCAAACCUUGUUAUCCAUAAGAGGACCCACACAAGAAAGAAACCUUUCAGUUGCUCUGACUGUGGGAAAAACUUCAAUGGAAGUUCAGACUUUGUUGCCCAUAGGAGGAUCCACAUAAGAGAGAGACUUUUCAAUUGCUCUCACU